AUGCUGCAGGCCCCAUUGGCGGGAAGGCCCUUGGCCUUUCCUUCGUCUUUGAGGAUUGUAAAGCAUCAAUCAUAUGUCUUCCUAGUAGCCCGGUCCUUCGCGACAACGCGACCUGCCUUGGAACCCACCGAGACCGCCAAACGUCGCCUUCACUCGACCUCGAAAACUGCCCAGGAUAUUUCCAUCAUUGACACCAAGUCCAUCACCGACCUCAAGUCUCAAUUCGCCGAGGAAGCAAAAAUGGCAGCCAAGAAAAAGGUUGUGCCACUUUCCGUUCUUCCGCUUCCUACGGUCCUCCGUACGCUUGCCACGACGACCAUUUCAUCUUCGCCAAUCCUCCUCCCGCCUUCGCUGGCCGCCAUGAACGUGCUUGCGCACACUGAAAACCCGAUCUUGAACCCCGACAAGAACGCUAUACUCGGCUGGUUCUUGAAGAAGACCUUUUACGCACAAUUCUGCGCUGGUGAGAAUGCUGGCGAGGUCCGCCAGACGGUCGACGGUCUGAGGAAGAUGGGUUUCACUGGUGUCAUUCUGGGUUACGCCAAAGAGGUGGUUCUUUCCAAGUCGCAGACGGAGAACUUGACCGCCUGUGACCAUGGCAUCGAAAAGGACGAGUGUGUUGAGAAGGAGAUUGGACCCUGGACUGCUGGUACCCUGGAGACCGUCCGACUGGCUCAACCCGGCGACUUUGUCGCUCUCAAGUUUACCGGUGCUGGACGGCAGGCCCUCUACGCCCUCAAGAAUCGACUUCCCCCUCCCAAGGAGCUCCGUGCCGGUAUCGACCAAGUCUGCGACUAUGCUCGCGAGCGCAACAUCCCUCUCUUGUUUGAUGCCGAGCAAACUGCUCUGCAGGCAGGCAUCGACGACUGGACCCUCGAGUACCAGCGCAAGUACAACAAUGUCCCUGGCCACGCUCUUAUCUACGGUACCUACCAGGCCUACCUCAAGGCUUGUCCUGCCGUCCUCGGCUCGCACCUCCUGGCUGCCGCCAAGGAGGGCUUCACUCUGGGUAUCAAGCUCGUUCGUGGUGCCUACCUCGGCGCCGACCCCCGUCACAUUAUUCACGACACCAAGGAAGACACGGACAAAUACUAUGAUGCCAUUACUGAGUCGUUGAUCCGUCGCGAGUGGAACGACAUUCUCAAGCAAGACGUCGAGUACCCCCUCGUCUCAAUUCUCUUGGGCUCACACAACCUCGAGUCGGUGCGCCGUGCCCGCGCGGUCCGCGACUCGAUCUCCAUCCCGGCACCAACAACAUACCCGUCCAAGGGCCCGGUCGGCGAGCUGGCCAUUGCGCAGCUGCAGGGCAUGGCUGACGACGUGAGCUGCGAGCUCGUGUGCGUCAAGAAGCGCGACGACCGCGACAGUGCCAUUGAGGAGAGCACCAAGGCCUACAAGUACAUUGUCUGGGGCACCACGGGCGAGUGCAUGAAGUACCUGCUGCGCCGUGCCAACGAGAACAAGGACGCCGUCCAGCGCACCCGUACCGGACGUGAUGCCAUGUGGGGCGAGCUCAAGAGACGCUUCUGGGCGUCUUUGGGCCGUGCCUAA